AUGGAAUAUCUCCCCGGCACCCUCUGCUCACCAGGUCACUUACUUUUAGGCGACGCCCCUGAACCCGCCGGUAAGCAGAGCAGUGAAGACUUCAUCAAUGCUCUUCUACCUAACAUCUUUCGUGCACCCUUCUCUGGAUCUUCGAAUGGCGAAAGCACUGAGGCCUGCAUCAACGACUUCCUCGAAAUUCUCUGCCGACUGAUCAUUCUGGGCACACUGAGGAGUGGGUGUCUGACCGAACUUCUCCUGACCCCGGACAACCUCUUUUUUGACGGACAACAGGCCGAGGAAGAGAGCACAUUGGCAAGGUUGAAGUACAUGAAGAGGGGGAUGUACCCAUCCUGGUUGAUAUUGGCGAUAAUGCUGACCCCAGGUGUUGAGAUGGAAAAAGAAGGUAAGGCGAUCUCUGGAAAGGAUGCUAACUGGCUCGCUCAACAUCUGAAGAAGCUGACGGAAGGCUCGGAACAUACAGCCGUAUCCUCAACACACUUCCUUGAAAAUCUCAAAAAACUCAAAAUAACCCCAGACAAAACAAUGCUAUCCUUUGACGCCGUCUCACUGUUCACAUCCAUUCCUAAAGAAUUGGCCAUGAAGGUCAUCAACGACCUACUAGUGAAAAGGUACGAAGAAGAAGAAAAACCACUAAAAAGGAAACACGUGAUGGAGAUACUGGAGUACUGCUUAAUCACGUACUUCAAAUUUAACGGCUGGAUCUACAAACAAGUCCAAAGACGCAAAAGGGAACUUUAG